CCGGGGCCGCCAUGGUCGCCAUGGGGGAGGCGGCGCGGCCGCGGGCGCUGUUCCUGGCCGGGCUGGCCGCGGUGUACAUCGCCGCCUUCGGAUCGCUCUACGUGCAGAUCCCCGGUCUGUACGGGCGCGAGGGGAUCCUGCCGGCGCGCCGGGUGCUGCGGCUCAGCGGGAAGGGGCUCUGGGAGCAGCUGCGGGACUCCCCCACGCUGCUGUGGCUGGGGCCACACCUGGGGCUGGACACGGAGCAGGGCAUGGAGCUGCUGUGCCUGCUGGGCGUGCUGGGCGCCCUCGGGGCGCUGCUCUGCGAGCCCCUGCGGGAUUGCCUGGUGUUCGCCCUGCUCAGGAUGUUCUACCUGUCCCUGUACCAGGUGGGACAGGUGUUCCUGUACUUCCAGUGGGACAGCCUGCUGCUGGAGGCCGGCUUCCUGGCCGUGCUGGUGGCCCCCCUGGGCCUGUUCAGGGGGGGCUCCCAGGCCUGGAGACCCCACGACUCCGUCACCUUCUGGGCCGUGCGCUGGCUGCUCUUCCGCCUCAUGUUCGCCUCGGGCGUGGUGAAACUCAGCAGCCGCUGCCCCACCUGGUGGGGGCUCACGGCCCUGACGUACCACUACGAGACUCAGUGCAUCCCCACCCCUGGAGCCUGGUUUGCCCACCAGCUGCCCGUGUGGUUCCACAAGCUCAGCGUGGUGGCCACCUACGUCAUUGAAGUGGCCCUGCCCCUGCUCUUCUUCGCCCCCCUGCGCCGCCUGCGCCUCUUCUCCUUCUACUGCCAGGUGCUGCUGCAGGUCCUGAUCAUCCUCACAGGGAACUACAACUUCUUCAACGUGCUGACCAUCGUGCUGGCCCUGUCCCUGCUGGACGAGGAGCACGUGGGGCACUGGCUGGGCCGGCCCCGCAGGAGGCAGGGCCCUGGGUGGCCCCCCAGCCUGGGCUCAGCGCUGGCCGUGCUGCUGGAGCUCGGCACCUACGGAACGCUGCUGCUGGGGACCGUGCGCUGCUUCGGCCUGGAGCUGCACUGGGACACCAAACGGCUGGAGACCAAAGUGGCUUUCACCUACCACGAGUUCAGCACGUGGCUGCGCGCGGUGACGCUGCCGCUGGUGGGGGUGGCGUUCCUGUCCCUGUCCUGGGAGAUCCUGGUGGCCCUGUACCGCUGCGCCUGCGUCCGGGGAUGUUUCUGGAAGCUCUGGGCCACCCUGCAGUGGGCAGCGAUGGCCACGGCCACCGUGGGGCUGUUCGCCGUCAGCCUGGUGCCCUUCACCUACAUGGAACACCAAUCCAACGCGCAGCUGUGGCCCGGCAUCCACCGCGCCUUCGGGGCCGUGCAGCCCUUCCAGGUGGUCAAUUCCUACGGGCUCUUCCGCAGGAUGACCGGCGUGGGCGGCCGGCCAGAGGUCAUCCUGGAGGGCAGCUGGGAUGGGCACGGCUGGACGGAGAUCGAGUUCAUGUACAAGCCCGGGAACGUGAGCGCCGCCCCGGCCGUGGUGGCCCCGCACCAGCCCCGCCUGGACUGGCAGCUCUGGUUCGCUGCCCUCGGGCCCCACCAGAGCAGCCCCUGGUUCAGUGCCCUGGUGCUGCGGCUGCUGCAGGGACAGCCCGACGUGAUCCGCCUGGUGCAGACGGACGAGUCCCGGUACCCGUUCCGGGGCCGCCCUCCCACCUUCGUGCGGGCCCAGCUCUACAAGUACUGGUUCACCUCCUCCAGCGAGGCCAGCCCAGGCCCGGCCCCGUGGUGGCGGCGGCAGCACGUGCAGGAAUUCUUCCCGGCCGUGUCCCUGGGAGACCCCAGGCUGGAGUCCCUGCUCAGCCAGCACGGCCUCAAGGACAAGCCCCCCCCUCGCCGCCGGGCUGACUCGUUGCUGCCGCGGUUCCUGCGCUCCGUGCGCCGCCUGUGCCAGCCCUACUCGGGCCCCACCGUGCUCUGGUCCCUGUACCUGGUGGCCGCCACCGCGGGGCUGCUGCGAGCCCUGGCCCGGCGGGCGCGGGGGGUGACACCGCCCGCUCGCCACAAAGGGACCCGGGAGCGGGGCGAGCGGAACGGGCUGCGGGCCACCGAGGGGACACGGGGCACCGAGGGGACACGGGGCAGCGAGGGGACACGGGGCAGCGAGGGGACACGGGGAACCGAGGGGACAAGGGCCACCGAGGGCCGGCACGGCAGCAAGAGGAAGAAGUAGCCCCCACAAGCCCCCCCAAAAUCCGGGGGGAGGGGGCGAGUCCCCGGGUGGGAGCCCCCAGUGCCUUCAGCGUGGUGGCCAUGAGGGGUGGGGACACCUCGGGGACACCUCCCACCGCCUGGGGACACCUUGGGGACACUGCCCUAGUGGCCAGGGACUCCUGGGGAGCCCUUCUCAGUAUUCGGGGGUUGUUUGGGGACCCCUCCUCAGUAUUCAGGGGUUGUUUGGGGACCCCUUCCCAGUGUUUGGGGACACUUUGGGGACCUUGUCCCACUACCCAGGAACUCCUUGGGGACCUGGCCCCAAGGUCCAGUGACCCCUCCCCAGUGCCCAAGGUGUCCCCACCCUUUGGGGACCCUGUCC